AGGAACUCCAUACGGCUUUGUAUCCAGUUCCUCGUUGUUACUUUAAAGGGGAAAUUAACAAUGUCCAGAGCUCUAGAAGUCCUGCAGAUAAAGGAGGAAGAUGUCCUCAAGUACCUGGCAGCAGGAACCUACUUGGGUGGCACCAACCUAGACUUUCAAAAUGGAACAAUACAUCUACAAGAGAAAAAGUGAUGGAAUUUACAUAAUCAAUCUGAAACGCACAUGGGUAAAGCUUCUCCUUGCAGCUCGGGUUUUGUAGCUAUUGAGAACCCUGCUGAUGUGUGUGUAAUUUCCUCCAGAAAUAUUGGUCAGCGUGCUGUACUGAAGUUUGCAUCUUCCUGUGGUGCUACACCAAUUGCUGGGCGAUUCACUCCUGGUACCUUCACCAAUCAGAUCCAGGCUGCCUUCCGUGAGCCACAUCUGUUGGUCAUGACUGAUGCCAGAGCUGAUCAUCAGCCUCUGACAGAAGCCUCCUACGUCAAUAUCCCUACUGUUGAUUUAUGCAAUACAGAUUCACCCCUGCGCUAUGUAGACAUAGCCAUCCCCUGCAAAACUAAGGGUGCCCACUCAGUGGGUCUCUUGUGGUGGAUGUUGGUCCGUGAAGUUCUGCACAUGAGAGGUACAAUUUCCCGUGAACACCCCUGGGAGGUCAUGCCUAAUCUGUACUUCUACAGAGAUCCAGAGGAGAUUGAGAAGGAAGAACAGGCUGCAGCUGAGAAGGCCACCACCAAAGAAGAGUACCAAGGAGAAUGGACGGCACCGGUUCCAGACUUCCCUCAACCUGAGGUUGCUGACUGGUCCGAAGGUGUGCAGGUUCCCUCUCUGCCUAUUCAGCAGUUUGCUCCAGAACAAACUGAUAUUCCAGCUGCUCCAAAACCUUAAGCUGAAGAUUGGAGUGCCCAGCCAACUAGCACUGAUGACUGGUCUGCUGCCCCAACUGCUCAGGCAUCUGAGUGGGUUGGAAUCACAACUGAGUGGUCUUAAAAAUGGAGAUCGAUCCACAUUACCAAU